AUGUGGCCGCUGCCAGCCGUAGGCGCGGCCUGCGUGUGCGCGCUCGCGGCCGCGGCGCUGUGGUUGCUGCGCCGGCCGCUGCGGCGCUGGCGGCGCCUCGUCGCCUUCUCCGCGCAGCUGGCGGGCCCGGCGCUGCCGCGGCUCUCCCUGGGCGAGGACCCGCUGGCGGUGUUCGCGGACGCCUGCCGCCGCUACGGCACGCCCUGCAGGGUGUGGGUGGGCGCGCGGCUGUACGUGCUGCUGACCGACCCGGAGCACGCGGCGGCCGUGCUGGGAGGCGGCGGGGGCGGCGGCUUCCACGAGAGGGCCGGCCUCCGGCAGUGGGACGCCCUGCGGCCCUUCACAGGGCGCGGGCUCGCCACCGCGGCGGCGGGGGGCGGCUGGAGCCGCAGGCGGAGACUGGUGGAGCAGACGCUGACGCCGCAGUGGGUGCGGUCGCAGAGCGGCUGGCUGCGCCGGGUGGCGGACCGGCUGGUGGCAGCCCUGCAGCAGGUGGUGCCCCCCGCAGAGCAGCAGCUGCAGCUGCAGCCGCAGCAGGUGCUGAAGGAGCUGCGCGCCUGCACGCUGGACGCCCUGGCCGGCUCGCUGCUGGGACAGCAGGCGCGCGCCACGGGCCGCCCGCCGGCGGGCUUCCCCCACCACUUCCUGCAGGCCACGCAGCUGGUAGACCGGCAGGCCGGCCGCCAGCCGGCGCUGCUGUCGCCGCUGCUGUCGCCGCUGCUGUCUCUGGCGGGCGGCGGGCAGGCCGGUCCGCGGCUGGUGCGCCAGCUGCGAGGCUACAUCGACGCGGCCGUCGACACCGCGGCGCACAGCUCGACGCGCGGCCAGGAGCGCCACAUCGCGCUCAGCUGGGAGCGCGCAGCCGACAGCGGCGACGACCCGGACAGGCUGCCCGGGUCGGCGCUGGAGCAGCUGCUGGCCGCGACCGACGACCGCCGGCUGGUGAGCGAGGAGCUGGCCUCGCUGCUGCUGGUGGGCCAGCCCGCCACCGAGGCGGCGCUCUGCUUCGCCCUGCAGCUGCUGGCGCUCCACCCGCAGGUGAGUGGCGGCCGCCCCGCUCCAGCAGAGUGGCGAGGGCGCGCGGCUCUGGGGGCUACGCGGGACAGCCGCCAGUGGCUCUGUAGUGCGCGUCAUUUACGACGGCGGCCGAGGUUAGGUUCGUUCUGCGCAUCUGACGUCACAAAACACAGUCAACCAAUGAACAGAGAACGACGACGCCAGAGCUCGACUGCAGUGCAGAGCACGGACGAGUGUCUUCAGUUUCAGAAAUGUUCAGUCAUAAACAGAGUAACUGAACAAAAGCAAUGUCUUGAUAGCAGACUUUCUUUUAUACAAAGUUUUGAAAAAGCUUUCUUUAUAACAAUUGCUUCAUAUUCUAUUACUUAAUUAAACCAAACAAGCAAUAAGCCUCCUAAUUCAGGCGAUAGUAAGGAAAGAUGUUUGUAUCAUUAUCACGAACCGCUUUUUCGCAAUAAAGAACAGCGGUAAUUCUUCAUUUCCUAUUGUACUUCGACGAAACGUGAAUAAUUCAUAGUCAGA